CCGGCCCAUGAUGAUAAGAAAGUGUUAAACACUGGCAAGGCCGGUGAAAUAUCAAAGCUUUAUCGUAUCGACACCGAUGCGAUUUUUCACAAGUAUUUUAGGACGGCCUAUUUGUCGAUAUCCGAUAGUAAGCCGUUGAUUAAAAACUGCGAUAACGCCCGAGAUAGCUAUUUAUCGACAUCACCACCCCGCGAGAGAACUACUGUCUCACCGGUCAUCAACGUGUUCUUACGCAUGCACACAUAAUGCCGUUUUCUCGCUAUCGCUGACCUUGAAAUUAAGAUGAGAAAGUGUUGGUAUAAUGAAUCUAAGUGAUCUAUAGUGAAUCUGAGUGGUGUACACAGUGCGCACCAAUUAUUAAGUUGCUGAAGACGCGCUUCUCACGUGGAGACACUCGCCACGUGGCCGUCUCUAGAGUGCACUUUGUUCUAUUAUUGUGUGAAAAAAAAAAAUGGGAAUCUGGAAAUCAAAACCAGUUAAACCACCUAACAAACCCUGCAAACAGAUAGAUGAGAAUGAAGAUGUGGAAUUGAAGCUAUUGAGGAGAACCAUCGCAAGAGAUCCUGAUAGUUUUAUUUUAAACAAUCUCAUGAUGUGUGUGCAGUUCUUUGAGAAUUACGAGGAAGAUAUAAAUCAAAUUAAGGAAACUUUGGCAUCGUCCUAUGAAGCUAAAUUAAAUAAAAUACUGCCACCUCAAAAGCAUGUUUUAUUACCGGACAUUCUUCAGGAAUAUAUCGCGCACAAUAUCAUUUUCACUUCGAAGAGGCAGACCGGCGAUCUUAUUGCCGAACCACUGCAACCCGUUCGCAUAUAUAUUGUAUACAAUAAUAUCGAAAUUACAGAACAGCAAUAUCAACCAGAGUACAGUAGCCUGAACAAUGGGAUUACGUAUAAUAUGAUGGUGCAAUCGAGUGAAAUUCCAGGGUACAUACGAUUACGAUGUCUCGAUGAAACGCCAUAUCCGAGGAAUUUUAGCAAUGAUGAUGAAACAUAUGAUGAGAGCGACAACGAGAGCGUUUACAGUCGUAAUUCAAACAUGAUGUUGAUGAAGAAAAAAGAUCUUCAGACCUCUACUUUUAAUAGUAGAUAUUUCUCCAAUUUACACAAUGAUGAAACGAUAUAUGAAGAUCAAGUAUCUCUCUCGCAUGAAAAUAUUUACAGAACUUCAUCCAAUCACAUCAAAACCGAGUCUAACUGUGAGCACAUAUCUUCGGUGCAGAACCAAAGAAGUCACAGCAAGAAAAUGUGGUCGAAUAGCGAAUUGGAGAUCAGGAAAGAAAGUUACCAACAACCUGACUCUACGAAACCAGUGAAACCAAAAGUCUUCAGACCACCAAGCAGCUUGAGUUCCGGCUACGAUAGCGAAGGGAGCUAUCACACUGUGUCUUCUAAUGCAAAGGCUAGACGUAACAUGAAGCAUAAUAAGAUGAACGCGCCAAGCAAGACAUAUCCCAACUCGAUGAUCCCGCCGCAAUGCUUCAAGGAAGUCAAGAUCAAUAACAAAGGCAAUAUUUACAGAAUAGGAGAGAAAACAAAGCAACUACAAAAUAACAAGCAGCUUCGCCUCAGGAUAGCCGAGAGGCAGUAUGACUGCAAAGCCUUCUACACUAGCAGUGAGAUGUUUAUGAACCAUUUUGUUGACUUCUUUGUAAAUCAGCUGGCCGAGCUGCUAGGUUUUAAACCAAACGAUCAAAAUUACGUGGAAAAUUCGGUUAUCCACUGCGAUAAAAUGAUAGAAUCGCACAGCCACAAACUGCGUAGGAUCGAAUCCUACGAAAUCACGCCGACGAUAUGGCUGCAAUGGCCGGAAUCCGCUCUGGAAUGGUUAGAUCGACCGAGAAGCACGUGGCCUAAUUACAACGAUAUCGGCAAGGUGAAGGAUUUUGGUUGUUAUGUGGUACCCGAAAAUUCUCUACCAAACAAGAGAGAUCUUUUAUCGAGACAUAAAAAUGUCAAAAAGAAUAUACAUCAGGAAAUCGAAUGGCAGCUGACGUUUCCAGCCGCGGAACGUUAUCUGGAGACUUGCAUGACCCGCUCGCAAGUACAAGUGUACUUGAUCGCGCUGAUGCUUCAUAAAACAUUCUUAAGGCCAGUCCUGGAUACUAUGCAUGGUCUGACGACUUCUCAUAUUAGAAACAAGCUAUUCUGGUUGAUUGAAGAAGACGACCGACCCUCGCAGUGGCCUGACAAUCGGACCGGUGAGUGUCUAAACAAGCUGCUGAUCAGUCUUUAUCGCUGCAUCAGCCAAAACGAGCCGACCAUGCCUGACUAUUUUGUCCGUGACAAAAACAUGUUUAGCAAAGUGUCGUGCGACUAUUUGUUGCGCAGCCAGAAACAACUAAAGAGGAUAAUUGAGAAUCCUAUUAUGUACGUGUUCCAUGCAAUGGAGAACAUCAAGCAUAGUAACAAAUUCUUUCCACGAUUGGACUUUGCGAAGCUAUUCAAGAUACUGACAGUUCAACCGUGGUUAGCUGUAGUUAACCCGGCCAUAGACAUGCCGAGAACAACCGAAGAGUCCCAUAGGGAAGAGAUUUACAAUAGAUCUGGUGGAUUCUGGGACACCGCUCGAAUGAAGGAUCAGCAAAACUAUAGUACGCGAGUAAUUACGAGUAAAACGCUUAUCACCCCACGCAAGGCCACGGACUUUAUCGUCGAAAUCUCGGAACGCUGUGCCAAGUUGGAAGGUUUAAGGUUGGCUGCUCUGUUGGAUUUCUUUGUUAGACAUUUUAUAAAAAUGGCCGAAUGCUGUCAUAGGUAUAGGUCUUAUCAUCAGAAAGAGGUUUAUCUCGAUCAAGCCGAUCGACUCUCGAUUAUCCUAUCGGACCUGACCAGAUACAAGAACGACGCUAAAGCUUAUCGCGACAAGAUCCACGCUUUAAGAAUGAAAGCGGCGACGAAUUCAACGAAAUUACCAAACGAGCCGCCGGAGACACCCAAGAGGAAUGCAGAGCCUAUAUUCGUCAGUACUUUAAAAGAUCGUUACAGGCCAAAAGAUGAACAACCACAAUCUAGCCAUGAAUAUAUGGAGGAAUACACAGAUAAGAUCACGAAAGAAAUCACUCAUGAAGUACGGUUUAAAGAUGAGAAAAACGUGGAGGAAAAUAUAAAAAUUGCAAACGUUACAACGAGCGAAGAAGAUUCUUAUACGUCGAGAAAACCUGUAUCGAAGAAUCAAAGUGACGAGUCGACCUCAGAUACAAUUCAAAGAGUAGUCUCUCUAACGGAUUAUUUAAGCGAAACAUCUAUAUGAUAUAUGUUUUUAUUAAGCUCAGGGUGUAUAUGAAAACUAUUGAAAAGACAAAUGUUAGUAUUCAAUGUUUAAGGCGGGUCCCCUGAUUAAAAUAAUAUUCAUUAUUAUAUUUCGAAAGUGAUUGAUAAUCAAUUUAGUAAGUAUUCGAGGAAGACUGAGCGUGCGUAUAGCCUUGCAAACUGUUGAUAUUCGAUCAUUGCGUUAUAUGCAAAAGCGAACAGAGUGAUUACUAAUAGUUAAAAUAAUUUAUAAAAAUACCUAAUUGCUACGACACAGUUAGAUUUGAGUCACUUUUGUAAGAUAAUACUGUUAUUAUAAUAUGGAAUAUAACUUGUAAAGUAGAUUGUAUGUGUGAGUUAUUAGAUUAGACAUUUCAAACAAAUUUUUUAUUAAGAAGUAUUCUAAUUUUAGAAAAAUUGUUUUAUAUCUUGUAAUACGUAUCUUUCAUUUUUUUCCCAUUUUUUCCAUUUUUUUUUUUUGAUAUUUUAUGUCUCUUGCGAAUAAAAAUCACCGACAAAUUUCAAAACAAUAUCAUAAUGUUUUAUAUUUUUCAUUAUCGUUAAUCUCAUUAUUUUUGUCGAUUUAUGUUAUGUGUGCUUUAUUAUUGCGAUUAAAUAUAUAUGAUAUCUCUUCAAUAAAAUAUUUAUGCUAUGAAAUCGAGAGAAAAGUAAAUCUAUUAUAUC